GUUUUUGUGCAUGAGAAUGGUGCACUCAACGGCAAACCCGACAUCCAGAACGUUGCCCAAUCCGGAAAGACACGGUAGGCUGGGCAUGUUGCAAGUAUGCCACACAACAAAGUUGGCGUUCGCUAUCAACCCGGUUGGCACAAAAAGGUGCCGAGCGCAGAGACUACGAUCCUAAUUGAGAUGUUGUUUUAUUUAAUGUAUGUGAGUUUCAAGAAGUGCUUCUAUCAAAUUUUUAUCAAAUUUAUUUCAGUUUUAACUAUUUUCAAACAGUAAACCAAUGGUUUGCUCAAUUUUGGCAAUAUUGAAACUCAACGGUUAGAUUCCAACCCACAAAGGGAAGCUCACGUGCACCGAAUGAUUAAUGGCUUUUGCAUUCUUUUGUUUGGCAAAGUCUCACUUCUGUUCAUCUUUAUAGCAGUCAGUGGUGGCUCGAUGGCCCGAUCGGCAACGAAACGCCACUGUUAGAAAUGACCAAGGGUUUGCGCCCACCAGGAACCUACCGAUACGAGUUGAGCGUCCUUCAAUAGGUACACAAAUGUAGGCCACUGCUGAUACAUCUGUCGAUGGUGCAUCAUUGAUGAUUGCGGAUGCGAGGGAGCAUUUUGUACAAUUUCGAUUCCCCCUCUUCGUCAAUUGAUUCCCGGUUUCGAUAUCCUUUCACGUGAAUUGGGUUGACUGAACAGCGUUGCAUCAACGACACUUUUUGACAACUUUAGCUUUUGGGUGCUCUGUUUACUCUCGUUUUAUAUACGGUUAUUUAAAUCAGUACAGAGUUAUGGGUUCAAAACCAUUUGAAGUUUAUGGUUGUUAACAAAUUGGUAAAAUGUUGUAAUUUGAUAUUAACUAACAAAAAACUACAAAAAAUGAAAGAAAAAUUCUGACUUUUUAAUUUAUACAUUUGUUUAUGAAUCUUUACCGUCUGAUAGGUAUUUGAACAGAAAGUAUGUACAUGGUAAAUUCUAAAACAGCUAUAUCGAUAUAAUAAUAUGUGAUUGAAUACGUUAUUCUGAAAAUAUUAGAAACAAUGUUGAACAAUGAAAUUUGUCGUAUUUUUUUUUAGAUUUGAACAUAAUUCUGCGUUUCGAAAUUCCAAAACGUUCCGCUUGAUGUUCUUUUCGUAGAAUCAUCUCAUUGCAUUUCGCCAGCAAGAGCAAUGCGAACCGUGAAAAUUUCUCAAACUAUUGGAGACUGAGUCGUUUUGCGCACCAAGGCUAAGACAAUUAACUGAAAUUACAAUUGCGACCUUGACAGUCUGCCUUGCCACGCUUAUCCUAAUAAACAGUGUUUUCAGAAGUCAGCAUACACGUUUCUUAUGUUUACUCAUUAAUGUUUGUUUAUCUUGUUCUUCUGCAGCAUGAAGCAUGAUAACAUCUUUGCCGCCUGAAACAAAAACUGAAGAAUAUACGUAGAGAUGCCACGCUUCCAUUUCUAUGUAUUAUAUUACACCUAUAAAUGCAGUUUCUCAUACUACUUUCCUUGCACCGUUCCUAGCGGAUUAGGGUAAUAAACAAAUCUGUUUAGGGAGGGGAAAAUCGGGACUCUUUAUUUUCCCUUCGACCUCUGCGAGCCUUUUGCAGCGGCAAUUUAGCAGAAGUUUGCUUGUCAGAGGGGGAAGGGAAACAUAUUUUAUGUUAUUUAUUUCUGUGCAAGUCGUGUGCCAAAAGUAUGUUGUCAAAAUUUGGAAAUCAAUUCUCCGAUAGAUUUCAUUUUGCAAAAAGAAGUGAUCGGAAACGGUUGCAGUAGCGUUGAAUUUUGAGUUUAGUUGAUUCUUGUGAGACUGAAAAUGGCAGCAGCAUAUCCUUAUUAUUCUGAGUAUAAUUCUAAUUACAUCAACGCGUGUUACAACUAUGGACAAGCUGAUUAUAGUUAUCAGAGUGGAUAUCAGUACCCAUCAACAGCAGCUCCGAGUGCGGGCUAUAGCAGCUUGUAUACGAAUCCACCGGACAUUAAUCAGCAGAAUGAGGAACGGAAAGAAUCUACAUCUAAAGGUUCUCAAGAUGUGGCAUCCUCAUAUUCCAAUGAUAUGGAUCUUUCAGCCACCAGAAAUAAUGUGAAUUUUUACGCGAACUAUCAUUACUACGGAAAUCAAUCUUAUUACCAACAACCGUUGAACAAUCCACAAACAUAUUAUGAACAAAGUGAAUAUUUUACGCAUGAACAAUGUGCUACAAGAGAACAAAUUCCAGUGAGAAGCGAAAAAGAGAAAAAUCAAAAUGAUAUUGAAGGGAAACAUUACCAAACAAUCCCGAAGGAUACAACAGUUAAAAAACAUGGCAUCACUAAUAUGCCCACUGAAUCGACGAAAAGAAAAUUAUCACACGAUAAUGAUGAUUCACCUGCUCUGCGAGCAUUGCUAACAAAUCCUGCAAAAAAGCUGAAAUACAAUCCAGGAUAUAGCGCCUGUACAAUCACUAAUAACUUAUCGUCAGUGAACGAUCACAUCGUACCUGAAUUCAUACCACCGUCACCGAACAAAACCGAUGAUAGUAUUGAUAGUAUUUUGGAGACAGUAAAUGGUGGCUUCGAUAUAAAAUCACAGCCAAACACGAAAACCACCACGCCAAUUGUGGUACCCAGCUAUGAGUGUGUUAGUACCCCACCAUUAUCACCAAAGUAUGUUGACUCAGCUGCAUCAUCACCUUCCCAGCUAGACUCAGACGGUGUUCGAAAGGAGUCAUCGAAACGCACUCGCCAAUCCUAUUCUCGGUAUCAGACGCUAGAGUUGGAGAAAGAAUUUCACUCGAACAAGUACCUUACCAGAAGACGUCGAAUUGAGGUGGCCAAUGUUCUACGAUUGACAGAACGACAGGUCAAAAUUUGGUUCCAGAACCGAAGAAUGAAAGCCAAGAAAGACAAAGCAGUUCUGAGCCCAGAACAUUCAUUCGAAGAUCCUGUGCGGUCCACGUACUAUGAUUCGUCAAACUUCCCCGCUCAGUUGGACUACAGUUUGGCUCAGACAUCACAACACCAGCAGCAACAACGAUAUCGAUGCUAUCAGCCAGCAACCCACCAUUCGAAUACUUAUCAACAAUGCUCUUCGCUUCUGUAAUUUUGAAGUUGAAAACCUGUGUUCCUAGUGACUGAAAUUCGUGAUGCCUUUGUAGCCCAUUAACUACGUUCCUAUUAAUAUUAAGUGUAAAAAUUUGGUAGACCUAAAUUUUGAAGUGGAUGGUGUAGAACAAAUUAUAUGU